CCACCCACCGGCUGGAAGGAGGGGAAGUGAAUGAAAGGACAGGACAAGCCCCGAACACCAUGUCACUCUGGGAGGGAGACAGCAGCAACUAAGCUGUGCAAGGUGUUUUUUUUUUUUCUUUUUCUUUUCCCCUUUCUUUUUCUUUCUUUUUUUUUUCUUUUUUCCUUUUCCUUCUUUCUUUCUCUUUCUCUCUCUCUCUUUUUUUCUUCUUUAAGGUGGGGAAAGAGACGAACAGGAGACAGGAAGCUGAUCUGCAAGGAUUCGGAGUUGUGCUAAAAGGACUUUGAUUUUUUUUUCCCCCUUUACAAACGCUGGCAACUGACAUCACUACAGACAGCCUGGUAGAGCGCAAACUGCCUCAUCCCAAGUGGACCCUGGCAGCUGGGGGAAGGCAGCAAGAUCUGGGGAGGCUGUGUGUGGAGUUUUUUCCCUACUGAUCUCCCCUCCCCUUUUAUUUUUUUUAUUUUUGUUUUUUUGGUGUGUUUCUUUUUUAAAUUCUUGCUGUGUUGGAACUAGCGAGUGGUGGAAGACGAGGAAUCUCCGAAGCCUCAUCAGUCAUCGGGACUGUCAGGAAUAGUGGUUUGAGAGGAAGCUCGGCCUGGGGCACUAUACCCUGUCAUCCAGUUCCCUGCCUCGGAGAUAAAGAUUCCAGCUACAUGGGCAAACGCCUGGAUCAGCCACAAAUGUACCCCCAGUACACUUACUACUAUCCUCAUUAUCUCCAAACCAAGCAGUCCUAUGCACCAGCUCCCCACCCCAUGGCUCCUCCCAGCCCCAGCACAAACAGCAGCAGCAACAACAGCAGCAACAACAGCAGCGGGGAACAGUUGAGUAAAACGAACCUGUACAUUCGAGGCCUCCCACCAGGCACCACUGACCAGGACCUAAUCAAGCUGUGCCAACCGUAUGGAAAAAUUGUAUCCACAAAGGCAAUUCUUGACAAAAACACAAAUCAAUGCAAAGGUUAUGGUUUUGUAGAUUUCGACAGUCCUGCAGCUGCACAGAAAGCAGUAGCAUCUCUCAAGGCAAAUGGAGUGCAGGCACAGAUGGCCAAGCAACAAGAGCAAGACCCAACAAAUCUAUACAUCUCAAAUCUCCCCAUUUCUAUGGAUGAGCAGGAACUUGAGAAUAUGCUGAAACCCUUUGGACAUGUCAUUUCCACAAGAAUACUAAGGGAUGCUAAUGGAGUCAGCAGAGGUGUUGGCUUUGCCAGAAUGGAGUCUACUGAAAAAUGUGAAGUGGUAAUUCAACAUUUUAAUGGAAAAUAUCUGAAAACACCACCAGGCAUCCCAGCCCCUAGUGAGCCUUUACUGUGCAAAUUCGCUGAUGGAGGACAAAAGAAGCGACAGAAUCAAAGCAAAUACACCCAGAAUGGAAGGCCUUGGCCCAGGGAAGGAGAGGCUGGCAUGGCUCUGACCUAUGACCCCACAGCUGCCAUACAGAAUGGAUUUUAUUCCUCACCGUACAGUAUUGCAACCAACCGCAUGAUUCCACAGACAUCUAUCACGCCAUUCAUUGCUGCUUCCCCUGUCUCCACAUACCAGGUCCAGAGUACUUCAUGGAUGCCUCAUCCGCCAUACGUUAUGCAACCAACAGGUGCUGUGAUCACGCCGACAAUGGACCAUCCUAUGUCAAUGCAGCCAGCCAACAUGAUGGGCCCCCUGACACAACAGAUGAAUCAUCUUUCGUUGGGCACAACAGGAACGAUUCAGUCCCAAGACAGGAUUAUGAUACUCCACCAGCUGUUGUGUCAGUAUAUGACUGCUGCCGCUCCUAUGCAAGGGACCUACAUUCCCCAGUACACGCCUGUGCCUCCGACAGCUGUUUCUAUUGAAGGUGUUGUUGCUGAUACCUCUCCCCAGACAGUGGCACCUUCAUCCCAGGACACCAGUGGUCAGCAGCAACAGAUAGCAGUGGACACGUCCAAUGAACAUGCACCUGCAUAUUCUUACCAACAGUCCAAACCAUAAACAAGACUGAAGAAUGUCUGUCUGAAACUUUGCCUUGAAUGAAGACACUUCAUUGAACAAGAAGUUGGCUUCCAGUUUGCACAGGCGUCAGUGGAAUGCUUUUUUUUUUUUUUUUAAUUUUCUACUUUACCCAAUGAAAACAAAGUGUUUUUCUGUGCUGUGCAAAUGGUUCCUUCAUGUGGUGUGACAGUUUAUUUUUGCCAUCAUUUUUUUUUAAUUAAAGAAAAAAACCCAGAAGAGGAAAAAAAAAAAAAACCCAACAACAAUGAAACAAAUCAUGGAAGGUUGACAUUUUAUCUAGAAGAACUUUGGAAUUCAGAAUUUAUCUGAAGGUGUAGAUAGAUUUUUUUUUUUAACGGAAAGUCUGAUGUCAAGAAGUGGGCAAGCAGAAAUGGAAACAAAUUGUCUUCCUCAGUAAUUAAGCUACUCUUUCUUUUUCCCUUUCAAUCUAGCGGGUUGGUUUUUUUUAUUUUAUUUUUUUCUUAGAAAUAUUUAGGUAAGGUUUAUCUUGAAUCUUAAUUGCCUUAAUUUUAAGGACGUCAAAGGCUCUCGAGGCAAGCUGUCAACGUCUUGUUUAAAAAAAAAUCAAGAAAGAAUUGAAAUAUUGUGCCGGCUUUAACUGGUGCAGAAGUUUAAGACUAUGAGUUUUUAGGGUGAAAAAAAACUGUACAGUUUAAAAGAAAAUGUUUUUCUUCAUUUGAAGAAAAUUUGUUGAUAAAAGAAACCAUGGCAACUGCAAGAAUUGGGAAAAUGCUGGGACUUUUCAUGAACUUUGUCUUAAGUGUUGAAUCAUUCUAGAAAGCUAAAACAUUUUACGGUAAAGUUAUUAACGUUGGUUUAAAAACAACUGCAUUAGAAAUAAUGCGUGUUUGGGGGGCAGAAUGCAGAUUUUUUUAAUUUACAAAGCGUGAUUGCUAGCAAAAGCGUUAGUGCUUUUUAUCUGCAGUCUUUUUUAUGAGCUUUACAAAGUUUUUAGUCAGCUUUGCUUGUCACAUUGCAAAACCUAGCUUAAGAGCAUUAAAAAAAACUUAAGUAGAUAGGAGCUUAUGGUCAAAAAGUGCAAAAAAAAAAAUAACAAAAAAAGCAAUAGAUAGAGAAAUUGUUGACAAUUUCUGUAGUCUUUCCUAGUUGUGAUCAAAUUCAGCCUAUGGAUGGCCUAUUUUAUACCAAAGAUGAAGUGGCACCCUAUUGCAGUCCAGAAGAUAGAGAUUGUUUUCUUUUCUUCUCUUUUCUUUUAAAAAUUUUAUUUGACCUACAUGGCCGGACCAGUUCUUACUUUGUUGUUUGUUUAAACUACCUUCCACUGGUGUUUCACAUACUGCAAAAAAAAAUUUUUUUUAAUGUGUAUUUGUUGAUGGUAGAAGCUUGUGCCUGCUAUGUUCAGCAGUUUCAGCACAAAGAGUUCUGGAUACCAACUGAUAGAGCCAAAUGGUUUAAAUUCCAUGGGCUUUUCUGGUUCCUUGCUAGCUCUCUUGAAUAGUGAAACCUGUAUUGAUGGCCACCAAUAAGCUAUGACACUUGUUUAACAUGUUGGAAUUUCUUUAUGUGAAUUUUGAACUAAAGACACUUCCUAGAACCUGGCCUAAAAGGUCACUUGUCAAAAAAAGCUUAGUGAUAGUCUAAAUGGUGAGUGGUCUCCUGAAAAGGUCUCAUCAUAUUUGUAACAAUAGUCUUCCUUCUAAAUUCUGACAGCUCUUGGUUUUGCCUUCUCACCUCAGUCUUUGUCAUCAUCCACCAUGAAUAGCUACCUUGAUUCUGCAAUGGGGGAGGAAAUAUCUUCUUUUUGCUUCUUUUCUUUGUAUUUUCAUACCCUGGUAUUGUCAGAAGAAAGAAAAAGAGACCUUUUUAUUUCAGUUUAACUCUGAGGCAAGUAGGACCAAAAACAUUGAGGAUUCUAUUGGUGGAAUUUAGGUAAGCUUUUAAAAUGCUAGUUGACAAUCAAGAAAUUGUAUGAUUUAUAUAAAUAAGAACCAAAAGAAUUAGGUUUGAUCAAUCAUGAAAGCCAAAGGAGAUAUAUUUGCAUUGAGAAUGAUGCAAAACUUUGUCUAAAAUUAAUUAAAUUGACUUAACAAACAUCUUUGCAUAUUUGAUUCAUGAAAUCCAUGUUCAACCUGUACAGUUUUGCCUGAAAUUAAGGACAAUGGAAUUUUGUUCAUUGAACCAUUCACUAGAAUUUCUUUCUGAAUGAAUCAUUAGAAUCAAAUAGGUGGAACUCGUUUCGCUAAGUCAUAGGAACCUGUCUUAGUCCAGAAGGAAGAGGGAAAUGCAAUAAGUGCACUGUAAAAGGAAACAGGGUAGGCUUCUAAAAACUAAAUAAAAUUUAAAAAAUAAAUCAUAUUCCCAUUAGGUCAACAUGAGUAAUGAGUUUGACUCAUAUGAAAUUGUCAAUAUUCCGCUAUUUAUGACCUAUAAACAAAGGCCUAGUGUUGAAAGAGACCCAGUUCUCUUAUUUGCAACCCCAUGAAUUGGAAGCUCAGAUCUAGAGAGUGACUCCAUAGCUUUGUGGUCUAAUUAGAGUCAAAGUGUAUCCAAGAAAAUUUAACAUGUGCUGCAGAGAAAUUCCAACUGGUCACACCCACACUCAUGGUUUUCCAUGCUUUAGAGAGAAUCCUAGAUUUGUACUUUCUUCUGUUCCAUCCUUCAGUUUCUCAUGUAUUUUAAGGGUGGCACUUAAGUUUUAUCCUUGAGAAGUGAGCCACCAAGUUACAAAGGGUCUAAGCAACCAUGGAUGGGAACUGUGUCUUCUGUUUCUCUUUUUCACUCUCUGAAUUCUUUGCAUAAAUAAGGAUUAUCCUGGGCAUAAUUCAUUUGAAUAUGAAACCAACAUGCUUUCCUUUGUUUCUGUAAAAAAAAAAAAACAAUGUGAUACAAAGAAAGUCUCAUUUACGCAAUCAACAAUGAGGCUAAGAGGUAGCUACCAUGUGGCUGAUGAACGUGCCUAGGUAACUUCCUGUUUCUAUUCAAAACUACCACUUUAUUUGUACAUUCAGAAACAUUUUUUUUCAACUGUGAAAUUUCAGUGAUCUCAAUUUUUUUAAGCCACUUCAGGCAAAAGGAAAUUACCUGUCAUUUUAUGUAUCCACGUGUGUUUUGUGUUUGGAUUUUUUAUAUCGUGCCAUUCUAUAAAAUAUCUUAUUUCAAACCAAAAAG